AUGUCGUUAAAUGAUUGUGGUCGUUGUCAAGAGAACGAUGAAAUUGAUGGAACAUCAUGGACCAAUAAAAUAUUUGUCAUCUAUUUAAUACAAAGAUUAGUAUUUUGGAUUAGAAUUAAAAUGCCAGAAGAUGAUUUUGAUAAAUCAUUUUCAACUUUAAUCUCAAAAUUAGGUCAUCCUGUUGAAGAAAUACGUCUUCGUGCACUUGAAAAUCUUCAAGCUAAAUUAGAUUUAAAAUUAGUUGCUGAUGUUGAUAUACUUCAAUAUAAAUAUUUAUAUAUUAAACUACUUGAAUGGUUUAAUUUUCCAUCACCACCUAAACGAGAUGCUGUUCUCGAUAUAGUUUUAAAACUUUCAAAAAAUGAAUCAGCUGCAUACAAUCUUCAUUCAAUUGGUGCUGUCGAUUUUUUUAAUGCACUUCGAAUUGAUUUAACACCUGAACUUGAACGUCGUGUUGAUGAAAUUCUUGAAAAUAUUCUCUCACAACAUUUUAUUACUGAAGCAACAUCGAAUAUUAGUCGAACAAGUUCAACAUCAUGUCAACUUUUAAAAUCAAAUACUCAAGUCGAAUCGGCAAAUUCAACCAUGUUUCAAUUACCUUUAUUUAAUUUAAGUCAACAACAACCACUAGAAUUAUCAUCUCGUCGAUACGAUACAAUUAAUUCUACUUCACAUAGUUUAUCAAAUCAAUCGAAUACACGAGGAAUAUUAAAAAUAACUGCACCAUCAGUUUCGGAUCUUUUAUCGACAUUAGGUGAUAAUCAUAAUCAAUCUACAUGUCAAUUUAUAACAUUAUUUCCAUUGAUUAAUUUAACACAAUCAGAUCGAACUGUUCUUACAAAUUUAGAAAAUACACUUUUAUUACGAGAUGAUCCUUCAAUUGUUAUUAGUCAUUGUCAUUUUUUAUCAAAUGUAGUUCUUAAUGAUUUUCCAGCCGAACUUUUUCUACAAAGAUCUUUUAUUCUCAAGCGUUUACUUGGUUUAUUAAAUGAAACUAAUGAAGAUCUUAUUAAAGCAUCACUUUCAUGUUUAAAAGAUUAUACAAUUCAUUUACAAAGACGAAUAAAAAUUCUUCGUGAUCCAGCAUGUUUUUGUCCAAAUCUCGAUUCUAAUUCAGAUGGAACAAAAGAACAAACUCAGGAUGAUUUUAAUAAUACAAUAACAAGUGCUCGAUCUGUUUCUUCAAUUAAUUCAGCAACAUCAAAUGGUUAUCGUUAUCCUUCUCAAUGGUCUUUAAAACAUGAUGAAUCUCCUCAACUGGAUCAACCAUCAUCAUUUGAUAUCUUAGAUUUUUGUUAUACAAUAUUACUUGGAACAUUUGAUUUAUUACGUCGAUCAACAUUAAAAGAUUGUCUUCAUAUAUGUUUACAAUUAAAUAAUUCAAUAUGUCAAAUAAUUGAUUUAUUUGUUAAACAUAAUUAUGGAUUAAUGAAUUUUGAAUAUUAUUCUGUAUUAUUUUAUCGUUUACAUUCAUUGAUUAAACAACAAAUAACAAUAGGUUAUACAUUUCAAAGUCGAACAGUAUAUAUUCAUAGUUUACAUGUUUUUUCAACACUCUUACAUACAAUAGAAUGGUCAGAUGAGGUUAUUAUUCAAUUAACACAAGAAUUUAAUGAAUUAAUUUAUUAUAUUUUAAUGGAUGAAUGUUUUAAUUUAUCCUAUCCACAUAUACGAGAACGUUUAUUAACUAUCGCGGAAAAAUUUGAUAAAGAUAAUUAUCAAGUUUAUAUGAAAUCAAAUGAUGUUUGUUGUUCAUUUGCAUCUGCUUGUCAAAUUUUAACACUCGAUGAAAAUAAAUCUCAAAAUUUUAUUCCUAUUGUUAAACAUGCUGACGAAGCUUUAUUAGGUUUACCUUAUCAUUUAAAUUUUAAUGUUGUUAAACGAUUGAUUAAUAUUUGUUCAACAAAUAUAUCGAAAUGUGAUAUAUCGGAAAAGAAUUAUUCCACUGAUAUUUUAAUUAAAUAUAUGACAAAUGAAUUAGCUGAAAUACGUACCGCUGUUUAUUGUUCACUAGCAAUGCUUGUUGCGAGUCGUUUAACAGUGGAAGAAACAGUUAAAACGAAUAAAUUAAAGAAAAAUUCGACUAUGGCUGUAAAUUUUGAGGAAAUACAAUUUAUAUGUAAUAUUCGAAUAAUGACUGAAUUAUGUGUUAAUGGUAUGAAUGAUUUAGCAACAAAAGUUGCGGAUUAUUCUCGAUUAAUUCUUCUUCAUCUUUUUCAAUCCAAAUUAAUGGUAUCAAAAGAAUUUUGGAAUAAUCUUAUGACUAUGAUUGCUGUACUUUUACCACAAUUACAAUGUUAUGCAAAUAAAAUUGAUCCACUUGGACAAUGUAUUCUAGCUUUAUCAUCAGAUACUGAAAAAGAGAAAGAAAGUUUAUUAACAUUAAAUCAACGUUUCCAGGCAUCACUUCGAUAUUUAUUUUCAAAAGAUAAAGAUGUUCGAAAAACAGGCUAUCGUCAAUGUGUUGGUUAUUUAUUAGCAAAUACUCGUAUAAGACUCGAUGAUUUUUAUCAAUUUUAUCCAGCUGAUAAGUUAUUUGAUUUAUUUAUAACUGCACAACCAACAAAUAAUGCCGAUAUAUUAACGAAAGAAUAUGUCAAUGUCGAAAGUUUUCUUCGUGUUUAUACUAUUUUUACAGAUCGAAAUAAAAUCGAUGCUACUGUUCGUAAAUCAGCAGUGGAACAAAUGUCAAUGAUGUUAAAUGAUCCAUCAUUACAUUCAUCAUUUCUUAAUCAUGGUGGUUUAGAAAGAAUAUUAGAAGAAUUAAAAUUAAAUGUUAAACGUGAUGAUCUUAUAUGUCAGACGGAUUAUACAUCAAUGAUACCACCAUGUGCAAAAAUAAUUCGAUUAUUAAUUCAAUACAAUAGAAGUAUACAAAAGAAAUUUUCAUUAGACAAUGAAUUACUUAAACUUUUAUUUAAAACAAUUGUCUGUUGUCAUAGUGAUCUUGAAACUGUAUCAAAUUUAGCACAUACAUUUGUAUUACUUCUUUUUGAUCGAACUUUACUUACAAAUUCUUUAACUGAUCAAGAAUUUCAACAACAAACAUUUUCUAUUGAUUUUCUUUUAGCUAAAAAUUUUCAAUUUCCUAUUCGUGCUCCAAUUCAAACAUCAACUUCAUCCAUAAUAACAACAUCUCUCAAUCGUCCCGAUCCAUUACGAGAAGCAAUUGUUCAACAAAAAUUUCGUUUUGUCUGGAAUACAUUAUGGCACGGAAAUGCGCAACAAUUAGAUCAUGAUAUGGAUACAACAUCAUUUAAUAAUGAUGAACAAGUCGAUUUUCAAUCUAAUAUGAUAUUAAAUGAAAAUGAUCAAAAAUGUUUUUCAUUAACAUAUACACGACGAACAAUAAGACUUCAAUUAAAUUUAUUAAAUGAAUCAAAUAAUCAUGAAUCAGUUAUUGAAACAUUAAAUGCAAUACGAUGUCUUCUUUUACUUGUUACACAUGAUAAUGUUCAUUUAAUUGAUUUUAAUCAAUUAGGAACAAUACUUGAUAAAUAUUUUAAAAUCAUUCCAUCAUCAUGUCAAGAUGAAAAACUUCUUCAAUCUGUAUUUGAACUUCUCGAACAAAUAUCCUAUGGUUUACAUUUAUCAAUAAAAACUGAUGAUCAUUUAUUUUUCGAUUGGUUUAAACAUAUAUUAUUAAAUCCAUUUUUAUCAUUACUUGCAUCAAAUAAAGAUUUUGGUGAAAUGCGACAAACAAAAAGGGAUUUAUUAAAAAAAUUAUUUCGAUUUUUAACAUCAUUUUAUUCUCAUGAAAUCGUUUCAUCAGAAUUUUUUACUGAAAAACUUUUUACAAAUAUUUUUUAUUAUAUUAAACAAAGUAGUAGUCAUACAUUUUCAAAAUUAACAUUAAUUACUGGUGCCAUUGAUGUUUUACAUCAAAUAACAUCGAAAUCAAAAUGGUUUAUUAUUUUUGAAAAUGAAUAUCUAAAAAAUAUAGCUGAUGUAUUAAUUGCUGUAAUUGAAAUAUUUCAAGAAGGACGAAAAGAAGCCUUAUCAGGAUUUAUGGCUCAUGCUUUGAUACGAUCAUUAUCUCAAACAUUAUUGAAUAUAAUAUUAGCAUUAAAAAGUACACUUUCAAUAUCAAAUCGUCGAAAAGAUAUAACACUUUUACAAGAAUGGCUUGAAUUAUCAAGAACAACAUUUGAUUGGUUACGGAAUUUAUGGUUUUCUUCAGAUACUGAAAUUCGUGUAACAUCCUAUGCAUUAACAUCCAUUUUAAUUAGUGAUGAAUGUGGUCGUGAAAUAAUAUUUUCACCACAAAAUCGACUUGAAGAAAGUCAUUUACUUGGAAUUCUUCUUGAUGAAGAUGAAUGUAGUCUUGUUAAAGAACAAGUAUGUAAUAUUUUAAUUAAUUUAACUUACAUAUUAAUCGAUGAUGAAACAAAAUUAGCAACAGCAAUGAUUACACUUCCAGAAUUAAUAACAGCAUUGAAUGAUUGUGAUUUUAUGCAAAGAAUUGGUUCAAAUGUGCUAUCAAAUUUAUAUCCAUUUGUUGCAUUAGAUUUAGAUGCACUUAGAAUUAAUCAUACAACAACAUCACCUGUUUCACCUUUAUUUGUUGCAAAUUUAUGUUCAUUUUUAUUUAAUUUGAAUAUGCUUGGAAUUCAUAAUGAUACAACAGAUUUAAUCAAAUUAAUUCUUUCUUUUCUUGAUGUUCGUCCAUUAGAAUCGAAAAUGAAUACCAAUGUAACAGCACAAGAAUAUCGUUUAUUUCUUGAUAAUAUGUUUUAUAUGUAUACAAAAAUUGCUCAAUAUUUACGACUUAUAUUUGAAUCAAAUACAGAUAUUAUCAAUGAAAUAUUUAAUAAUGAAAAUUUAAUUCAAUUAAUUUCUUUACUUGCUUAUUUUCCAGAAAAUAAAUCGAAUCAAUCGGAAAAUUUUUGGCAAAUUAAAAUUAAUCUUGCUCAUUUAAUUAUUCAUAUUUUACUUCAACAAUGUUCAUCAUUACAUCAAUUAAUAAAUAAUACUAUUGUUCAACAUGCUUCAGCACUUUUCAAUAUACUUACUUUACCAUUGCAUACAAUGAUUAAUGGUUCGAUUAGCGUUGCUAUUUCUAUAAUACUUCAAUUAUUAUCACUUUCAAUUGCACAAUGUACAUUAGAUCAAGAAAAAAAUAUGUGGAAAGAUUUUUUUGAUCAAUCAUCGGAUAAAAAUGGAAUAAAAAUAUUCGAUCAAUUGUUAAUAUUAUAUGAAAAUCGACUUAAUACAGAAUCGAAUGAUACAUUAAAAUUAACUGUGUCAAAUAUGAUUAAAUCAUUAUUAAAUAUAAAUGUUACAGCUAAACAAGAAGCUAUUGAAAAAGGUUUUGUUGAAUCUCAAAUUGAUCAUCUUAAACGUAUUCAAACAAAAUUAACUCUUUUCUCACUUCAAUCAGAUAAAUGCGUUAGCAAAGAUGAGACUCUGAUUGAUGAAUGUGUUCAAGUAUUAUCAAUUCUUAACAAUCUUGCAUAUGAUUGUUCUUCUGCUAAAGAUAUUCUUGCUGCAAAUGGUUUAAUUCCAUUUCUUCAUCAACUAUGGUGUUGGGCUAUUGUUGAUGUUCAAUUAUUAAAUGUUAUUCUUCUUCUUCUAACAACACUGACUGCUAAACAUCGCAAAGGUUGUGUUAGUGUAUGUAGUACAGUUCUUCCAUCGGCAAAUUCAUUUGUUGUUCAAACACCUGAUCAACAACGUCCAUUAUCAAAUUUAUUGUCUUAUGUUCUUCGUCUUGUAACAAAAGCUACAUUAUCAUCUGUAGUAAAUAAUGCUACAUCAAGUAAAAAUCAAACAAUUGAAAUAGCAUUUGAUAUCAUACAAAAUUGUUCAACUGAAAUUGAAGGAAGAAGUAUUGUUUAUAAAUCAAAUUUUUAUCAAAUAUUUAUUGAUCAUUUUGAACGUGUAUCACGUGAUAUAAAUCGAUAUGAUCGACGUUUUCUUGAUGUUAUUAUAAAUAUAACAUUUUUUAAUGAUGGACAAACUAGUAUACUUAAAAAUGCUGAAAUGUUUGCUAUUCUUAUUCGUAUUGCUCAUUCAUCAUCAUCGUCUGUUUUACAACGUCAAGCACUUCUAAUUCUUCGAAAUUUGGCUUUCUCAUCUACACAUAAAGCAAGAAUUGUAUCUGAAUCUAAAUAUGUUCCAACAAUAAUGUCACAUGUUGUUUCAAAGACAUCAGAUACAGCUUAUAUUGGAUUAACAGCUUUGUGGGCAUUGAUUGUUGAUGCUCAAAAGGGCAAAGUAGCUGUUCGUAGUAGUAAUGUAUUACCUGCUCUAUUUGAUGUUAAAACUCAACAACGAAACAAAGAAAAUCUUUUAUGUUAUCAUGCUGUUUCAAAUGUUAUUCAAUUAUUAACAGAAGAUUAG